AUGGUACGACAUUAUCAACCUAAAGGAAUUAAGAACAAGUUCUCUGACGAAGCCCUGAGAAAGGCACUGCAAGAUCUUGCUGAAAACCAGGACAGCAUAAGGAAGACGGCAGCUGUGUACGGCAUUCCCUACUCAACCCUUCGCGAUCAUCACAAGGGAGUCAGUAAAACGCAAUACGGUGGACGGCCAACAGUCUUGACUUACCAGGAAGAGAGAGAAAUAGUGCAAUGUUGCAUUGUGCUGCAAGAGAUGGGGUUUCCCCUUGAUAGAUCAAGUCUCAGCAACGUCAUCUCAGAUUACCUUAGAGCAAAUGCUAGAGAAAAUCCUUUUCCUGAUGAUUUACCUGGUCCUGACUGGUUUGUUGGCUUCUUUAAGCGACGGAAGAGUGCACUGAGUCAAAGGAAACCACAACAUCUGUCAAAGAAACGUGCUAAGGCAUUGACCAAAGAGAGAAUUGAGGGUUGGAUGAAAUUUGUCGAGAAGAUCUACAGGAAGGCUGGGUUGUUUAAACUGAGUAAGAAAGAGCUGUCCAAAAGAAUUUGGAACUGUGAUGAAACCGCUUUUGCUACAGCCUCCUCAUCUAGAAUGGUCCUAGCUAGGAGAGGAGCUAAGUCUGUAUAUGAGACCAUGGCAGGGAGUGGACGUGAAUACAUUACUGUCCAUUGGGGUGGAAAUACCAAUGGAGACAAAAUCCCUCCCUAUAUUCUAUAUAAAGCUCAGCACUUGUAUCAUACCUGGACCCUUAGUGGCCCUACUGAAGCAAUGUAUGGAGUAUCAGCCAGCGGGUGGAUGGAAAAACAAAACUUUUACAGCUGGUUUGUAAAAGGCUUCAUACCAGUGCUCAAGAAGAUGAAACUGAUUGCAGAAAAUGAAGAGCCAUCUACUACACUGACGACAACAGAACCAAGUCUUGUCAGUGACAGUAGUGAUGACUCAGACUUCACAGAUGAUACUAGCCCCAGCGUGAUCUUGUUUUUCGAUGGACACUAUUCACACAUCAACUUGGAUGUCAUCAAUGUGGCAAGAAAAUACAACAUCAUUCUCGUAACCCUGCCUCCAAAUACCACGCACGCAUUACAACCUCUGGAUGUAGGCGUGUUUGCUCCCAUGAAGAAAAAUUGGCAGAAAAUUCUGAUCGACUACAAACGAAGAACAAGGGGACAAGGUGUCCGUAAAACAAUUUUUCCCAAAUUACUAAAACAGCUGACAGACACAUCCAUGAAACCACACCAAUUUCAAGGUGCAUUUCGAGGAGCUGGUUUAUAUCCAAAGCCAUCAGCUGCAGCCAUUCCUCAAGCAAAAAUUAGUCCAGCAGAUGCCGUUACUACACGAACACCAUGCAAGAGCCCUCGUUCUCCGACAGCAGCUACCACUCCUGCAAUCAAACUUCAGCUUAGACACCACUUCUCCAAGUUGUUCCAGAAAACAAGAACGCCUAUUCCACCACCACAGCCAAAGCCAUCUGCUCGUGUAGACUUGGCAUACUAUGGAGAAGUCAUAACAAGUCAUGAGGCGUACUCUAGAAUAAAAGCACAAGAUGAAAGAAAACAGCAAAGACUGGCAAAAGCAAAAAAAGGAAAGCAACCUGCACGCCAAGGCAAACGAAAAACUGCAGUAACAGAAGAAAGAGAUGAAAACAAGUGCCAGGGAUGCGGAGGAUUGUUCGACAACGACAGCAAUGAGAGGCAAGAAGAUUGGGUGGGUUGUGAACACUGUUGGCGGUGGUAUCACUACGAUUGUGCUGGGCUUUCAGAGCUUCCAGAAGACGAGGACCCUUGGACAUGCUCCAAAUGCAGCUAA